UUUCGUUUACUGCAAAAACCAGGAGAUCACAAUUACAAAAAGAAAAAAAAAGGCGUUUAUUGAACGAAUUCUCAUUUCGUCUGAGAUCAAUAUUUCAUCAAUUCGCUCUCGGUCGGACCUCGAAAACGGCGUCGUUAUGGAAGCUUAGCUCUGUUUGCUGAUCGAUCUCUGAGGCACAGUUUUUCCAGAUCCGAAUCCCUCUUUGCGGAAUGGCUUCGUGGCUCAAAGCUGCUGAAGAUUUAUUUGAGGUUGUAGAUAGAAGAGCAAAGCUAGUUGUCAGUGAGUUGGCAGAUGAGCAGCCUGAAUCUCAAUCUUCAGCUUCUAAUGGGCAAGGAUCACAAGCAAAGAGAACAAGGCCAAAGACAAAGGUUCAAAAGGGACAGUCAGCUGAUGGGACUUCCAAAACGAGUGAUGACGUAUGUGAACAGACUAGCCUUACACCGCCAGUAAAUGUAACACCUGAAAAAGAUAUGGAUACCCUUCUGAAUAAAAAUGACGGGACCCCUUCUGGCAAGUCUGUGGUCCAAACAACCAACGAGCAGCAAGAAAAUUUUAAAAAUGAUUCCCCAAUGUUAGGCAUUCCUAUAACAGAAGCCUUAGCAAAUGAUGUCAAUAAAAAUGAUUCUGGUCUUGUGGAAGUGCCAGUGACUGUUACUGAUAGGGAAGAUGUCGCAUCAACUCCAAAUGGUGAGCUUCUCAAUGAGAGCACCUCAGAAGUUCGUGAAGAAAAUUCCUCACCACUACUUGCCAAACAAGUUGAGAUUGUGAGUAAACAUCACCCAGUGGAGGAUGAUUCUGUUACCAAAUCGGGAAGUUUUGAUGUUCCCCCCAAGACUGACCAAGAGAAUCCUCAGUCUGAGAACACUGAAGCACCAAAUAAUAGUGAAACUCAAUCCAAAGCUGCUGAUGUCAAGGUUGAACCUCUUAACAAUCAAAAGAAGCAACAGGAGCAAAAAGCUGAUUCAGCUCCCAAGAAAGUACAGGAACAACUUGAUGAGGCUCAAGGACUGCUUAAAACUGCAAUUUCAACCGGUCAGUCUAAAGAGGCAAGGUUGGCCAGGGUUUGUGCUGGACUUUCAUCGCGACUUCAAGAAUACAAAGCUGAAAAUGCACAGCUGGAGGAACUUCUCGUUGCAGAGAGAGAGCUUAGUAAAUCAUAUGAGUCACGCAUAAAGCAACUACAACAAGACUUGUCAGAAUCCAAGACUGAGGUCACAAGAGUAGAAUCAAACAUGUCUGAGGCCUUGGCAGCAAAGAAUUCCGAAAUUGAGGCUCUUGUCAGUUCCAUGGAUGCACUUAAGAAACAGGCUGCUUUAUCUGAAGGACAUCUGGCUUCACUGCAGGCAAACAUGGAGUCUAUCAUGAGAAAUAGGGAGCUUACGGAAACGAGAAUGAUGCAGGCUCUACGUGAGGAGCUGGCUUCUGCAGAACGGAGAGCAGAAGAAGAGCGGGCAGCACAUAAUGCUACAAAAAUGGCCUCUAUGGAAAGGGAAGUGGAACUGGAACAUAGAGCCAUAGAGGCUUCAACGGCCCUUGCAAGGAUACAGAGAGUAGCGGACGAGAGGACGGCAAAGGCAGCAGAGCUUGAGCAGAAGGUGGCACUGCUUGAGGUAGAAUGUGCAAACUUGAAUCAAGAGCUGCGAGAUAUGGAAGCUCGUGUUCGGCGUGGACAAAAAAAGUCUCCAGAAGAGGCAAACCAAGCGAUUCAGAUUCAGGCCUGGCAACAAGAAGUGGAACGUGCUCGACAGGGUCAAAGGGAUGCUGAGAGCAAGCUUUCUUCUUUAGAGGCUGAAGUGCAAAAAAUGAGAGUUGAAAUGGCUGCCAUGAAGAGGGAUGCUGAGCAUUACUCACGUCAGGAGCACAUGGAACUAGAGAAACGCUACCGUGAACUAACUGAUUUGUUGUACUACAAGCAAACACAGUUGGAAACCAUGGCUAGUGAGAAAGCUGCAGCAGAAUUUCACUUGGAGAAGGAGUUGAAGCGUCUUCAUGAAGCGCAGGCAGAGGCAGAAAGAAGUAGAGUUUCUCGCCGGGCAUCAUCAUCUUGGGAAGAAGAUACUGAAAUGAAGACACUUGAGACACUUCCUUUGCAUCAUCGUCACAUGGCGGCGGCAAGUAUGCAGUUGCAGAAGGCAGCGAAGCUAUUGGAUUCGGGAGCCGUCAGGGCUACAAGAUUUCUUUGGCGGUAUCCCACAGCCCGAGUUAUACUGCUUUUCUACUUGGUAUUCGUACAUCUCUUCUUAAUGUAUCUAUUGCAUAGACUUCAGGAGCAAGCAGAUGAUUUAUCUGCCAGCGAAGUUGCGAAGUCCAUGGGACUUUCCAACCCGACCUUACCAUGAUUGAGUAGCUGCUCUCAAACUGUGCCACACACAAUUUUUGCGAGCCAGAAAUUCCUUGAAUAUGAUGCAGUUAUAAGCAAUAAAAGAGUAGAAGUUCAUCUUUCACUGAAUGAAAGGAUUUAUGUGGUGAAAGCCAAUUCUGAAGAAACGGCUGCAUACCGGAAAUGGGAAACUGGGGGUUUCACUGAAGGUACCCAUUCUGUUUUUGGGGCUCGAGGAAUUGCAAGAUAUUGAUGUAUGAUACCAAAAGUAUAACACUGCCAUGUCUUUUGAGUCUUUGACCCUAAUGCUUAUAAAAAGUAUUGGGUAUUUCUUGAAGACCCAAACUUGCCUUUGGCGCAGCAGAUUUGGACUUUCUGUGUUUUUAGUCGGCCAAUUGCCUAUUCUUCUUGUUUUUGCAUUUUGUUCAGAAAUCACUUAUUGACAAGCUUUUACCUCUGAAAAACGGUAUGCUUAUGUAAAGUCAUCAUGACUGAGGUUCAUACUUAAUGAAAUGUGAAAAUUCAUCGAAUUGUAAACAGUUGAGGAGCUGAAUUCACUUGGAGUGGAGCCAAAAUAGUGCUGUCA